GUUGUAAACCCGCGGCAACAGGCGAGCUUUUUUGCUCGUUCUUAUCUACAAUUGUCAAACCGUCUUGACCUAUCUAGCUAGCUCACAUCUUCUCAAUUACUCCACUUGUUUUUCAUCCACAUCCACUAACUAAUGCAAAAAAAAAAAAUGGCAGUAGAAGAAAAAGAAGAAGAAGAAGCACUUCUCAACCUCUUUGAUUCCUACUGGUUUAUCAUGAUAUUUUGAGCCAGAAAUCACCUUCACAACCCCAACAAGCAACAAAUAACCCAACUCUCCAAGUGGACGAAUCAGCCAAAGAAGAAACCCUAGAAUUACCAACCCUAAGGUAAGGUCUCUUAGUGACCAGUUAUUAAACACGUCCAGCUUUUCUCAGAGUAGCACACCGAAACUGCAAACAAUUUUUUUCCGGUGAACAAGUCACAAACUUCUCCAAAGACGAUGAAAUGCCGGCUCAUCCAACAAAAAGUAGCAGGGUAAGCAGAAGCAGCAGCAGCAGGAGGGAAAGAGUACUAGGCCCAAGUAAGAGCUUGUCAGAGCUCAAAGGUUUUAUGGAUUUGGGGUUUGUCUUCACUGAGGAAGACAAGGAUUCUUCAAGAUUGGUUGCUAUAAUUCCCGGCUUGCAAAGACUAGCAAGUUGUGAGGAAGAAGAUGUUAGAGAUGAUCAGGAGGAGGGAGAGGAGGAGGAUCACGGGGUGGUUUCAAGGCGGCCUUGUCUGUCCAAGGUUUGGGAUAUCUUGGAUCAAAGAAAGAAGGAGAACCAAAUGUUGAUAAAGUGGAGAAUACCUGCUGCUACUAAUUUAAGUAAGGACAUGAAGCAUCAUCUCAGGUUCUGGGCUCAUUCAGUUGCAUCGUCUGCUAUAUUUCGUUGUUGUUACGCGGAAGAAUUAUCAUUCACUAGAUCAUAUUUUGUGAUAUUCACAAGUGUAAAUUUUUCUCCCUUGGGUUCGUAAAUGUAAGUUAUGUACCACUCUUUGCGCUAAUUUUUUCGUGGGUCUGAUUUUUAUUCUUUUUCUAAUUUCUCAAGGUGAAAUUUGUUGGUUCUUUGAUAUUUUGUUGUAAAUGAUAUGAAAGGGAUAUUGUCUCA